UUCCAUGCUAAAAAGAAAGAAAAAGCUCGAAAACAAAUUUCAUUACUUCGUGUAUUGUUUCUCCGUUGAAUUCCGAUGGCCGAAAAGUCAACCCUAUCCCCAACAUCGCAAACCUCUUCUCCUCUUCCUCGUCGCCGACCCACUCAGCGGGUGCAGUACCUGGAGGUGAACUGCACGAGCUCCGGCAAGACGCGGCGGUUUGCGGAGAGCACGGAUGCGGGAUCGGCGGUGGAGUUGAUAAACAUGAGGCUGAAGACGGAGGAAGUAGGGCUUCCAUCUGCAUUGUAUAUAGAGGCAGUAAAAGACGGUGAAGAGCCGAUUGUUUUUGGUCCAACUUCCACUCUUGUCAGCUACGGUGACGGUUGGAAGCUUCAAACCGUUACCCAAACGGAUCUCUUCCGUACGGAAGAAAUCAGACAUAGAGACGUUCGACGGAUGCCAAAGCAGGCAUUUGGUUUGGGUGUCUUAUAUCCAGAAAGGAGGGAAUCCAAACCAAGGGUAUCGAAACCAAUCAAUCUAUUGUAUAUUUUUAAAAUAGUGUUUGCUUUUAUUUUUAUUUUUGUACUUGGUGCAAUUUUUACACUGUUUCUUGAUUAUCUUCCUGAACUGAUAUUGUUUGUCAAGUAACAAUGUAGUGCUUUUUCAAUGCUUGAAACUGGUUCGUUCCUAUGAUUAAGGAGCUUCAUAGUGCA